AGAUCUUAUCGAUGACUGCAAGCAAGCUGGUGUGGGAUAUCCUUCAAAUCGACGUGGCGACAGACAAUCAGUUCAGACAUUUUGCAGAAAGGCCCUGAAGCCGGUCUGAGGGACAGCCUGAAAUAUCACAGUAAACUGCGUCCAGCGUUCUGUCCAAGAUGACGAGCUUGAAACGCUCGGUCGGGCCCGACAAUGCGAGCUCCAUGCUCUCGAGCAAGGUCUACGUCCGGUCGACCAAGAGCGGCAAGGUCCAGAAGAUUGUUCGUGAGGUAUACCUCCGCCAAGACAUCCCCUGCUCUUCGCAGCUGUGCUCAAGGUGUCUGGCCAUAGCUCCCGUUAAUGCCGGCGGUGAACGGACACCGUUUGUGCUAUCAGAAAAGCCGGCAGGCACCAAAGCUUUUCCCAAUGGUCACUAUCUCGUACCAGACACAAACGCGCUGCUCAAUGCCAUGGAUCUCUUUGAGCAGAGUGCCGCAUUCUACGAUGUCAUCAUCCUUCAGACAGUCCUCGAGGAGCUCCGGAACAGGUCACUGCCGCUGUACAACCGGCUCAUCGGCCUGACCAAGAGCGAGGACAAGCGGUUCUAUGUAUUCUUCAAUGAGUUUCGCGCAGAGACGUUUGUCAAGCGCGGGGAGAGCGAGAGCAUCAACGACCGCAACGACAGAGCUGUGCGGCAGGCUGUCAAGUGGUACAAUGAGCACCUCGCGCAGACCAAGCACAAGAAGCUGCCCUCGGUGGUCAUGUUGACGGACGACAGGGGCAACAUCGACAAGGCCAAAGCGGAAAAGGUACCAGCAACAACCCUGCGGGAUUACGUCUCUGGUCUGGAGGAUGCCGAUCGCCUACUGGACAUGAUCGCCGAGUCACAGGAACGCGGCGCUGCCCGGGACAAACGGAUCUCAGAGUUCCUGUACCCAGAGUACUACAGCAUGUCGAAGAUGAUGACGGGUGUCAAGAGCGGCAUGCUGCACCAGGGCAUCUUCAACGUGUCGCCCUACAACUAUCUCGAGGGCUCCAUCAAGGUGCCCGCGUUCACAAAGGCGCUUCUCAUCCUCGGUCGUGACAACAUCAACCGGGCUGUGGACGGUGAUGUCGUGGUCGUCGAGGUCUUGCCGCAAGAUCAGUGGAAGGAGCCGUCCUCGAAGAUCAUUGAGGAGGAGAACAUUACCAAGAACGAAAACGCAGACAACGACGAAGGCGGCGACACAGUCACCGAGAAAGAGAGACGCGCGCUGCAAGAAGAGGUCAAGAAGACUCAGGGCUUGACGACGGAGGGACGACCGCAACCAACAGCCAAGGUGGUGGGUGUGAUCAAGCGGAAUUGGCGCCAGUAUGUUGGACACAUUGACCAGUCUUCCGUCAGCCAGUCAUCGAAACAGGGCCGCAAGCAGGACUCCGUGUUCCUGAUUCCCAUGGACAAGAAGAUCCCCAAGAUCAGACUGCGCACGCGGCAGGUCGGCGAGCUGCUUGGCAAGCGCAUCCUGGUCACCAUUGACUCCUGGGACCGUGAGUCGCGGCAUCCUGUGGGCCACUUCGUCCGGUCGUUGGGAGAGAUGGAGACCAAGGCUGCUGAGACUGAGGCGUUACUGUUGGAGUACGACGUUCAAUACCGGCCGUUCCCCAAGACAGUCUUGGACUGCCUGCCCAAGGAAGGCCACGAUUGGAAAGUCCCAGAGAGUACCGAGGAUCCCGGCUGGCGGGAUCGCGAGGACUUACGGGGCCUGCUCAUUUGCAGUAUCGACCCGAUCGGUUGCCAGGAUAUCGAUGAUGCGCUACACGCAAGGCCUCUCCCGAACGGCAACUACGAAGUGGGCGUCCACAUUGCGGAUGUAUCACAUUUCGUCAAGCCUGGAAAUGCGAUGGACACAGAAGCAAGCAUUCGUGGUACAACCGUCUACCUCGUUGACAAGCGCAUCGACAUGCUGCCUAUGCUGCUUGGCACGAAUCUGUGCUCCUUGAAGCCGUAUGUCGAGCGCUUUGCGUUCUCUGUCAUAUGGGAAGUCAAUCAGAACGCCGACAUCAUCAACGUCAGAUUCACCAAGUCUGUCAUCAAGUCACGAGAAGCGUUCAGUUACGAGCAGGCACAGCUGCGCAUCGACGACGACUCACAGCAGGACGACUUGACCCAGGGCAUGAGGACAUUGCUCAUGCUGUCCAAGAAGCUCAAGCAGAAGCGCAUGGACGCAGGUGCCUUGAGCUUGUCCUCGCCCGAGGUCAAGGUGCAGAUGGAGUCUGAGACCUCAGAUCCCAUCGACGUCAAGACAAAGCAGCUUCUCGACACCAACUCGUUGGUUGAGGAGUUCAUGCUGCUCGCCAACAUCAGCGUGGCGGGCAAGAUCUAUGAGGCGUUCCCGCAGACGGCCAUCCUCCGCCGACACGCGGCGCCGCCCAAGACCAACUUUGACGAGCUCGCCAACCAGCUCAAGGUCAAGCGCGGACUCGAGCUGCGUGUCGACUCGUCAAAGGCCCUAGCCGACUCUCUCGACAGCUGCGUAGACCCCAAGGAGCCCUUCUUCAACACUCUGAUCCGCAUCAUGGCGACCAGGUGCAUGAUGAGCGCCGAGUACUUCUCUGCCGGCACCCAAUCAUACCCAGAGUUCCGGCACUACGGCCUCGCCUCUGAGAUCUAUACACAUUUCACAAGCCCGAUCCGGCGAUAUGCCGACCUCGUUGCGCACCGACAGCUCGCGGCGGCCAUCGAGUACGAGCCGAUGCACCCGGCGGUGCGCUCACGGGGCAAGCUCGAGGCCGUGUGCAAGAACAUCAACGUGCGCCACCGCAACGCGCAGCUCGCCGGGCGCGCCAGCAUCGCGUACUACGUCGGGCAGGCGCUCAAGGGCCGCGUCGCCGAGGAGGAAGGCUUCGUCAUGAAGAUCUUCUCUAACGGCUUCGUCGUGCUCGUCCCGAGGUUCGGCAUCGAGGGCCUGAUCCGCCUGCGCGACCUCGCCCCGGCCGAGGCCGCGGGCGCGUCCGAGCCGGACAGCGAGUUCGACGCCGAGAACUAUGUCCUCACCACGAGUGGCAGCCGCGACCUGCGCGUCGAGCUGUUCCAGAAGGUCGUCGUGCGGAUCCAGGACGUCAAGGACGAGGCCACGGGCAAGAGGGGCGCCAAGAUGGAGCUCGUCCGCGUGGGUUAAAAAGAGUUAUGAUGUGUACAGGAUCAAGAAGAUGUACCAGCUUAGAGAUAAUAGAAAAGAUAUGAACUUAUGGAUUUG